GAAAGUCAAUGAAGUGAAGUGACGGAUCGUAGACGGGUGAUGGCGGAUUUAGUCGGUCGUUUUAGUUAUCGUGUUUUUCUAAUAUGUUUAUAUUCGUGAAUAAGGCGAAAUAGUUAUAUCUCGUAAUUAAUUCAAAUGAUUUUCCUUAAGAGUUACUCCGUGCGCCCUUAUGUACAAUUUACAUUAUUAUGAGAAUGGAUUUAACCCAAUCCUCAUCAACAAAUGGUGUAAUAAAGCUGUGAGCAGUCGUCAUGUGAAGAAGGUUAUGACUUUAAUUUGGAAGUUUAGUCAGUGUUAAAAACGUGUUUUUGUUGUGAACGAGUGGCGCGUAUUUCUCUGGUAAAGAAGAUAAAUUAGUAUCAAAAUGGCGGACCUCGAAGCAGUACUGGCCGACGUCAGCUACUUGAUGGCAAUGGAGAAGUCAAAAUGCACCCCUGCUGCCAGAGCAAGCAAAAAGAUCAUAUUACCAGAUCCAAGUGUAAGGAGUGUCAUGCACAAAUACAUGGAGAAAAAGAAUGAAGUAAAUUUCGACAAAAUAUUUAAUCAAGUCCUAGGUUAUUUAUUAUUUAAGGAGUUCUGCGAACAAACGUCAGAGGAGCCGGUGCCACAAUUAAAAUUUUAUGAAGAGAUAAAGUUGUACGAGAAACAAGAAUGCGUGGAGGAGAGGCGGCGGAUUGCGAGGGACAUUUACGACAAUUUUAUUAUGAAGGAAUUAUUGGCGCAUUCUCACGAUUAUUCCAAAGAGUGUGUUGCGCAUGUACAAAAAUAUUUAAUGAAACACGAAGUGCCACCUAAUUUAUUUGAGCCAUAUAUCGAAGAAAUUUUUCAACAUUUAAGAGGAGAGCCGUUUAAAAACUUUUUGGAAAGCGAUAAGUACACGAGAUUUUGUCAAUGGAAGAACUUGGAGUUGAAUAUUCAGCUCACGAUGAACGACUUCAGUGUACACAGGAUCAUCGGACGAGGAGGUUUCGGGGAGGUGUACGGUUGCCGGAAAGCGGACACGGGGAAAAUGUACGCGAUGAAGUGCCUCGACAAGAAACGCAUCAAAAUGAAGCAGGGCGAGACGCUUGCGCUCAACGAGAGGAUCAUGCUCUCGCUAGUCAGUACUGGGGUGGACUGCCCAUUCAUCGUGUGCAUGACGUACGCUUUCCAUACACCAGACAAGCUGUGCUUCAUCCUUGACCUGAUGAACGGGGGCGAUCUACAUUAUCACCUCUCCCAACAUGGCGUCUUCAAUGAAGCUGAGAUGAAGUUUUACGCCGCUGAAGUUAUUUUAGGCUUAGAACACAUGCACAAACGACACAUAGUAUACAGGGAUUUGAAACCGGCUAACAUACUGUUGGAUGAACACGGCCACGUGAGAAUAUCCGACCUGGGCCUCGCCUGCGACUUCUCCAAGAAGAAGCCACACGCUAGUGUAGGCACGCACGGUUACAUGGCACCGGAGGUCCUGUCAAAGGGCACGGGUUACGACUCUUCAGCGGACUGGUUCAGUUUCGGCUGCAUGCUGUACAAGCUACUCAAAGGCCACUCUCCAUUCCGCCAGCACAAGACUAAAGACAAACACGAGAUCGACAGGAUGACCCUAACAAUGAAUUACAAUAUGUUUCAGAACGUGGAGCUGCCGGAGUCGUUCAGCCCCAGCCUGCGCAGUCUGCUGGAGGGCCUGCUGCAGCGCGACGUCGCCAAGCGCCUCGGCUGCAAGGGCAGGGGCGCGGACGAGCUGAAGGAGCACGUGUUCUUCGCGGGCAUAGACUGGCAACAGGUGUACCACCAGAAGUAUACGCCGCCGCUGAUCCCGCCGCGCGGCGAGGUCAAUGCUGCAGACGCCUUUGACAUCGGCAGCUUUGAUGAGGAGGACACCAAGGGUAUCAAGUUGACGGAAACUGAUCAGAUGCAGUACAAGGACUUCCCGCUGGUGAUCUCCGAGCGCUGGCAGGCGGAGGUGGCGGAGACUGUGUUCGAGACCAUCAACCAAGAGGCAGACAAGAACGAGCACAAGAAGAAGGCCAAGCAGAAGCAGAAGUUCGAUGCUGAUGAAAAAGAAUCUGAUUGCAUUCUGCACGGCUACAUAAAGAAAUUGGGAGGUCCCUUCGCGAGCGCGUGGCAGACGCGGUACGCGAAGCUGUAUCCCAACCGGCUGGAGCUGCAUCUGGAGAACAGCGCCAAGCCAGAGAUGAUCUUGCUCGACACCGUGGAGGAUGUCUCUGCAGACCUCGUGUCUGUCAAGGGCGAGCAGUGCAUUGUGCUGCGAACACGUAACGACACCAAAAUAGUACUUACUAACACUGAUGAGAUCGGUCUGAAAGAGUGGGCGCUAUCGCUGCGGUCUGCGCACAAGUGCUCGCAGGAGCUGCUGGCCUCGAUGGCGCGUAAGGCGGGCAAGAUCUACGGCACCGACUCCAAGGAGGCGGCAGGACUUGCGCGUGCGCACAACGGUGGCAACUAGCACGAGCCGCCCGCGCCCCCGCGGGCCAAGAUGUUCCGACGCUCCAAGAGCGCCGCGCAGCUCAUCAAGUAGAGCGUCACCACGCCCCACCCCUAACUCGCCCCGCCCUACCGCCACGUAGCAGUACCGCUACGCCGCGUAGCCGUAGACCUCGGGUUGGAAUAAUUUACAUGGGUAAUGGUAGUUUACUACGUAGUGUCGGUAAUUCCG